AUGCGCGCGACGCCGCGCGCGCGCGCGCGCGUCGCGACGCCGCGACGUCGGCGACGACCGCGCGCGGUGACGCCGAUCGCGUCGGCGUCGUCGGACGCGCGGCGCGCGACGCGACGCGUCGCGCUGACGACGACGGCGAUCGCGCUCGCGGCGUUCGGCGACGCGCGCGACGCGCGCGCGCGGCCGCUCGCGGUCGUCGAGGCGCGCGACGCGGUGGCGCGCGACGGCGGACGGUUUACGUUUGAGAUCGAGCUUCCGAGGGGGUAUCACUUCACGGAGGGCGCGAACUCGAGGUACGAGACGACGGCGGCGGCGAGCGGGACGAGGGGCGCGCUGGAGGGCGACGGCGGAGCGAAGAGGACGGUGGUCGUGCGCGCGGCGGAGGGGGUGAACGAGGCGCGCGUGGAUUGCGUGGUGUAUUUUUGUCGAACGGAUGACGUGUGCCUGAUGCAGCGCGUGCGGUUCGAGGUGCCGGUGGCGACGGGGGGGGCGAGCGAGACGACGGCGGAGUACGUCGUCGCGGCGGAGGCGAACGACGCGGCGGUGCCGAGUUUUGAUUGA